AUGCGCACCCUCAUCUCCCGCAUAGAAGAAGAGACGUGGGAUGGCGACGAACCGGGCCACCUGACUAUCUGGCUCUACAAGGACGAGCACGGUGUCGUCCACCGCGUCGAGCGCCCAGGGCGCGACGACAUACGGCUCAAGGACCUCCCGGAAGCUCCAUUCGAAUACAUGCCCAAGUGGAACGGUUCGUGGGUCCGCGCGAGCGACGAAAUCAUCGCCAGCCCCAACGUGUGGAUCAAGCACGAGACGGUUUUUGUGGGUUACUGCUUCGUCUCGCUUGCUUCGCUGACACAUGCCCAGAGGCACAACUCGGUGGCGUACAAGACGUUUGAGCUCGACGUCCUCCAAGACCUGUACCAUGCCCCCGGGCACCCGUGCGUGGUCAAGUACCACGGCGCGGCGGUCAACGCCGACGGCUUCGUGUACGGGCUCGUGUUCGACAAGCUCAACGUCACGCUGCAGGACGCCAUCGAGGACGGCCGGCUCAUCCGCAGGAACAAGCCCAAUCCUUUUGCCGUCAUGCGCGAUGUCAGGCAAGGCCUCAUGUACCUCCGUUCCCUGGGGUACCUGUACACCGACCUCGAUGCGUCCAACGUCAUGUGGCGCAUCGACCCCACCGAGGAGCACCCACAUGGCAACUGGUGUCUCGUCGACUUUGCAGAGUGCUACAAGGAGGACCAGCGCCUCGACUGGGACCUUGGUGUCGGUGGCGGGAUCCCCAUCGGCUCGCAAUACGUGCCAGCCUCCCACAUCGGCAGGAGCCUCGCCCGUCUCCGUCAUCACAUCUACUGUGGUGUGGAGCUGCCUUACGACAGCUCCUGGCCUGGCCAGGAGGAUGAGGAGGAGCGCGAGGUGUUCGACGCCACGCAGGUCGAAGCCGCUGCUACCCUCCCGUGCCGCCUGCACAAUGGACCACCAAAGGUCUACACUGGAUCCAUGCCUGGUCGAUACUGGCGGAAGAUAUCGUUUUCUCACAUGGUCCAGCUCUCCGCUCCUGCCAGCACGUCGACUCGCAAGGGCCUGGGUUGGAUGGUGCUUUACACAGGCAAUGAAACGUGGUUGACCCACCUCACUUUCAAAGACAUCCACGGCACCAUCCACCGCUUUGUGCUCAACGGCCGCCACCACCAACUCGACGAGCUCCCGGACAACCCGCUCGACCCGGCGCUCUACAACGAGUGCUUGGCAUUUUGGCGCGAGCCGUGGGCUGUUAUGUCGGAGGAGGAGGCCCGCCUCGACAACAAGCUGUGGCUCAAGGAGGCGUCCAAAUUCCUCGGUGCGUGGUCGUCGCGCCAGUCAGCCAGGGAGCUGGACAACCUCCACGUCCUCCAGGCGAACCCUCACCGUAACCUGUGCACGUACAUCGGUGCUGUGGUUAACGAAUACGGUUUCGUCCGCUACCUCGCGUUUGAGAAGCUCCAGGCGACGUUAGCCGAGGUCGUCUGCGAUGUCAGGAGCCGCGAAGCCGAUCCACACUAUCAGGCGCGCUUCGAGUCAAUCCCGCUCGACGCCACGACCGUCCUCCGCGACAUCUGUGAUGCGAUCAACCACAUCCGCUCCCUGGGCUAUGUGUACACCGACCUGCAUGCGUGCAACGUCAUGUGGCGCCCCGCUGCCGACGACGGCAGCACGCCGGGCGCGUGGUGCCUCAUCGACUUUGAGCACUGCUACCCGGUCAACGACAUCAAGGGUAUCCACCCGCAGCCAGGCAAGACGCUCCUCGAGCUAGCCGACAUUCGUACCUUCCGCGACUUGAACGGUCUCACGGACUACAUCUAUACCGGCGAGUGGUUCCCCAAGGUCGACGACCUCUUCAACGCGGCUCUCCAAGUUGCCGAGGGCGGCGUGCCUGGCCAAGAGAUCUCGGAAGAGUGA